UGAAAGUUUUACUUUACACCGUCUAAACAAAAUCGCCAUUUUGCCGGUCAGCGUGCGCGAGACGAAAGUACAUUUUGCAAAAUGGCUUACAAAGGAGGUGCUAAGGUCCAGAAAGUGAUGGUCCAGCCUAUCAAUCUUAUCUUCAGAUAUCUACAGAAUAAAUCAAGAGUGCAGGUUUGGUUAUAUGAGCAGGUCAAUCUUCGUAUAGAAGGCUGCAUUGCAGGGUUUGAUGAGUACAUGAAUUUGGUUUUGGAUGAGGCUGAGGAGGUCCACAUGAAGAACAAAACUAGAAAAUCGUUAGGUCGUAUCCUUCUGAAAGGUGACAACAUAACAUUAAUACAGGCCGUGCAAUGAGAGACAGUUACCUCGAUCUCAUCAUGAAUUUCUACAUUCUUCAUCUGUGUUGUAAAUAAAAUCAUGGUUCACUGACAGUGGAAAGAUCCAAACGUUACAGAAGAACUGUUUUAAUGAAAGCUGGUCUUAAUUGUUUUCAUUGUUAAGGAAAUAGAAAUUUAUGCUAUAUUAAAGGAAACUGCAAGACUUUACAUUAUUUUUUUUUACAUUUUCAUUUUAUCACUUUAUCUGCAGCAUCUUUAAAGUAUAAAAUUUGUUUGAAUAGAUACAGGAUAAUUUAAUAUAACAACAUUUUAGAAAAAUGUUCUUUUCUGUUAAGUUUGUGUGGGACCAUAUUUAAUGUUGUUUGGUGAUCUAUCUAUGAUUUCUUACUGUGUUUAAAACUAUUAUUAAAGGUUUAAGGAAUGAUUUUGUGGUUUGAUUUAAAAACAAAAAUAGGUUGAUAAAAUAUGUCUCAGAAACUAGAGUAUAUAAAACCUUUGUCUAUUGUAAAGUGCACUCAACAAAGUGACACCAUCAUUUCUGUUACAGUGUUGCAUUCUAAACAUUUUGAACUAACACUUUUAAAACAUGUAUCAGUGUAAAUAUCAUUGUAGUAAAAUAAACAUUUUACUUUUUUUGUGUUAAA